AUGCUCCGACGAAUCACUCUCAACCAGUUUAAGGGCGGCCUGCGACGGCUGUCCACCCUUACCCCCGUCAAGAACGAACCUCUGACCCUGCCCAACGGCGCCAAGUACGAGCAGCCCGUCGGUCUCUUCAUCAACGGCGAGUUCGUCAAGUCUCAGUCCGGAAAGCGAUUCGAGACCGAGAACCCCACCACCGAGACCCCCAUCAUCUCCGUUUACGAGGCUGGUGAGGCUGAUGCCAACGCAGCUGUCGAGGCUGCCAAGAAUGCCUUCAAGAACUGGGGCUUCAAGACCGCUCCUUCCGAGCGAGGAGUCCUGCUCAACAAGCUCGCUGAUCUCAUUGAGCGAGAUCUCGACCUCAUUUCUGCCAUUGAGACCACCGACAACGGUAAGGUCUUUGCCCAGGCCCAGGGUGACGUCGCCCUCGUCGUCAAGGUGCUCCGAUACUACGCUGGAUUUGCCGACAAGAUUGGCGGCGACCUCGUCCAGACCAACGACGGCUUCUUCAACUACACCCGAAAGGAGCCUCUCGGAGUGUGUGGCCAGAUCAUCCCCUGGAACUUCCCUCUGCUCAUGUGGGCCUGGAAGAUUGCCCCCGCUCUGACCACUGGUAACACCGUGGUUCUUAAGACCGCCGAGUCCACCCCUCUGUCCGCCCUGUACGCCUGUAAGCUCUCCCAGGAGGCUGGCUUCCCCAAGGGUGUUCUCAACGUUGUGUCCGGUUAUGGCCCCGUUGGAGGCGUUCUGUCCGCCCACCCCGACAUCAAGAAGAUUGCUUUCACCGGCUCCACCGCCACUGGUAAGCAGGUUGCUAAGACCGCCCUGACCUCCAACCUCAAGAAGACCACCAUGGAGCUCGGUGGUAAGUCCCCCAACAUUAUCUUCGACGACGCCAACCUCGAGGACGCUCUUUCUGCCGCCGCUCUCGGUAUCUUCUUCAACUCCGGAGAGGUCUGCUGCGCCGGCUCUCGACUCUUUGUCCAAGCCGGUGUCUACGACCAGGUUGUCGAGGCCUUCAAGAAGAAGGCUGAGUCCGUCAAGGUCGGUGAUCCCUUCGACCCCAACUCUCUCCAGGGUCCCCAGCAGAACAAGAACCAGUUCAAGAAGAUUCUGGGAUACAUUGAGCAGGGCCAGAAGGAGGGCGCCCAUCUCCUGUGUGGAGGAUCUGCCCAGGCCGGUCCUAACAAGGGAUACUUCAUCCAGCCCACCGUUUUCACCGACGUGAACAACGAUAUGUCCAUUGUGCGAGAGGAGAUUUUCGGCCCCGUCCUGACCAUCACCAAGUUCAACACCGUUGACGAAGUGAUUGACAUGGCCAACGACUCCGAGUACGGUCUUGCCGCUGGUAUCCACACCACUGAUAUCAACAAGGCCCACUAUGUUGCUGAGAACAUUGCCUCCGGUACCAUCUGGGUCAACUGCUACAACGCCUUCCACGAGGCCGUUCCCUUUGGAGGAUACAAGCAGUCUGGUUUCGGUAAGGAGAUGGGUCGAGAUGGUCUUGAGAACUACCUCCAGACCAAGGCAGUUCGAGUCAAGCUUGAUGAGCGAAAGUGGGCUGACAAGCAGUGA